CUGGAGAAAGCACUCUUAGACUUAUCAAAAUACAAGGGUAGAUACAAAAUCUGUUCGGAGAUCAAACUUUCUUUCCUCAUUAGACAUCCGGAUAUACGGAAAACAUUUUAUCUUUGUAAAAAAGUAGAUAGUCUGCGCGGGAUGUGCUGAUUGUGAGCAGAGAGGUUCAAUGAAAGACGAGAUUUAUCACGAAAGCAGCGAAAGCUCACAACAGCCGCUCAAAGUUUGCUUUUCAAAGAGUCAGCGGACACCAAUCAUUUUUUUCUUUUUUUUCACAAUGUUGUAGAUUACUUGCUAUUCACAAAAAAAUAUAUGGAUUUAUUAAAGGUUUAAAUUUGUUUUUAAUUUAAGCACUGCUUAUAUUUUCUUAAAGGUGGACUUUUUCACUAUUUUGUGAUCAAAACAAAUUGUUAGGAAAUAUUGUUCAGUUAAAGUUGCCUUUGUUGUUUAAAUAUUGACGAUCUCCGACACUUAAAUGUCAAUAAGCGUCCAAACUUCUCUAAUAAGUGACGUCAAAAAUUCCCUAUCAAGGAUCCAUUAAUUUGAAUAACUAAUUACAGAUGAAACACUUUCUCUCUAGACAGUUGUAAGUUAGUUAGACUUCAUCCUCAUUCAAUAUUAUAAUUGACACGGACUUUACCCUUGUUGCAUCAAAAUACAUUAUUAUUUCUUCCGACAAGUUUCGGCGCCCUAUUUCAUGAUUUCGGCAUAAAUAUCGUAACAUAAUGCAUUAUAUGUGUACAAAAUCAAAAUAAUAAUCCUACAGAUUUUAAACACACUAAAAAAUAUAUAUUCUGCAUAAUUAUCUAUUUCAUGGAAACACUCAUUUAUCACCAACAGCAGCCCACAAUAACAAAAAAUAGAAAAAUACUGCACAAAAGCAAAAUGAAUUACAUCCUUAUUGCUCACAAAAAUUAACAUGAUUAAUUUGUUAUUGGUCUUCUGAGAAAAAUAGUAUGAAUAACAAUGGGUAAGACGUAAUACGACGUAGACUUACAUAAAGUCUAAGUCACACAUCAAGUCUAAGUCACACAUCAAGUCUAAGUCUAACAUUGCUGCUUUAUAGCGCGGCUGCCGGAGUUUCUCCUCCCAAUAGCAGAGCGACAGCCUGCUGAGCUGACGUCAACAAACACACACACACACACACAGCUUGUGCCGCGCCGCGAGUGAGACAGCAGUUGCUUCCAAUGAUGCCUUUUGUUCAAAGAUUGUUACGAUGUGAAACUACUCACAGCAAAAAAUCUCAAGUUGUAAUGAAGGGACAACGUUCAACAACUCAGUCAGCAAUCUCAUCAGAAUCUGAAGAGCCCAAGGAAGAGCACCAUCCGCUGAAUCUCAAUCUUUCGAUGCAUCGCCUGUUUACCUUUCCGCUGCGUAUUUUCCGAGAGCUACCGUUUGAUUAUCUCGUUUUUCUUGCGGAACUCGGCCUCUGCUACGAAUGCAAAGACAACCAGGAAUUUCUGCAGAGUGAAUUUCGCGAUUUCAAAAUCAACCUAGAGGAAAUUGCGGAAUAUUUCUCUCAUGGCGCUGAAAAAUUCAAAAAGAUGAUUUCCACGAAGCUGAAAGAAGCAAAUUGUGAAAUCGACGAUUCGGAUAAUGUUCCGAUGGGAAACGUCGACAUCGUACUGAAUUAUAAAUUCGAAGCCCACCGUCUUUAUUCGCUGCUGAAAUAUCCUCACUGGCGGUAUGUCGAGCCCUGUGAUCUGGCAAGAAGCGGAUUUUACUACACCGGAGACGGCGACAACGCAAGGUGCGCCUUUUGCAACCUGGAAGUCAGCGGAUGGGAAGACGGCGAUGAACCGGACACAGAACACACGCGUUGGAACCCGAAUUGCCCAUUCAUGCUAAAAGAUCCGCUGAUUUUUAACAUUCCGAUCGGAAGAGAGCUUCAAGAAGUGAAACACGACAGCCUGUCAAUGAUGGGCUGCAUUGGCGCUAAUCCUUUUGAUUCGAAAAAGAAAAAUUUAAAAAAUUACGGCGGAAACAUCCAGCUUGUAAAGUCCAACCACUUUAUUGUGACGCCUCAAGACCUGAAUAUCCACGAUUUGGAUGCGCCUUUAAACCCGAAAUUUCUGACGCUUCACAGCAGGAUCGAUUCGUACAAGGAAUUUUGGCCAAAGAGCAAAAAACUGACGCCCCGUUUAAUGGCCGAGGCUGGAUAUUUUCAUUCUGGAAAAGGAGACCGAGCCAUCUGCUUCCAUUGCAAUUUGGGCCUGAAAGAUUGGGACCUGAACGACGACCCUUUCAUCCAACACUGCAAGUGGAAUUCGAGCUGCCAAUACCUGCUGAUGCGCAAAGGUCAAGAUUUCGUGGAGAAGGUUCUGCGCUCAGCCAAAAAUAAGGAGGAAAUCGCAAACGCCCCCACGAAGAGAUGCACCGACGGCGAUAUUCACUGCCUCAACUGCAGACUGGACUGCGUGUCCAAAGUAAAUCUGCCGUGUGGCCACAUGACCUUUUGCAGCUCCUGUCCUGCUAAUGAUUCGUGCAUGGUUUGUGGAUUGGAAGUAAUCGCAGAAGUCAAAGUGCCGGGCUUUUCUAAUAGUGAGACUGGCACAACGGAAAAUAACGUCCUCUCCAGUCUCACUGAUGAAGCAAAGGUAAAGCAGAAACAAAUUGGAGCAUGAUUUGUCUGGGAAUGAGAGGAAUUUUGGGCAUUUAUAUUAAUGUAUAUAGUAUGAGCUAUUAAGAAAUGGUGAAUUUUUUAAUCUUAUGAUCUUUAAACUUUAAAAAUAAAUGCUCACAACUGUUCGAAUUUUUCUGACGCAAAUCAUUAAAUUUUAAAGUUUUGUGUUCGAGAUGACCUUAAGUUUGGGAUAAUAUUUAUUAAUUGCCAUAAUUGAUGACCAAAACCUUAUUAAAGUUUUUACCAACUUUUAUUUAUCAAGGAAAAUGAAAUUUAUGUACCGAUGAAAGGCAGCAUUACAUUAUUAAUCCUGAAAAUUGUAUACAUCUCUGGUUAAUGGCCAUAAAAUUGAUCAACGUUACAAAGCUGUAUGAAAAUAAUAAUAAAUUUAUAAAAUUGAAGCAAUUGUCUGAUUUUAUUCGAUCCCCUUAAGAAUGUUUAUUAAAAUGAAUUAAAUUAAGAUAUUUAUAAAUUUCAGCGCAACUUAUUUUUUUUUUAAAAAAGUGGUUUGAAAGAAAGCAUGUAUUUUGCUAUGCUCAACACAAUAUUAUUAACUGAUUAUUUAUUAUUUGAAAGAAAAUUAUACACAUACCCUGACGGGCCUACAGUAGAGGCCAAGUUGGGAAAUGGCGCCUAUGGACAAAUUAGAAUGGCCGGGGUUGUCUCAGAAGGUGAGUUCAGGGCGCCGGUUAUUAUGGACCCUACUUAAAAUCAAACAAUGAAUCAUUUCAUCAAUCGAUAAUUUUUUAUCUAUUAACAAUCAUUCCUGAUCUGUGUAUAUAGUUAGUAGAAAAGUCUAAUUCUAAAUACCUUAGACUUUCCAAACCUUAGACUUUUAAAAGUCUAAGACUUAAAAGUCUUAGACUUAAAAGUCUCAGACUUUUUUUUAGCAUCUAUAUAUAUGUUAUGUAUUUAUACGGCAUUCAGCAGAAGAUCGAUAAUACUGGACGCGGUGAUCACCUGUCACAACACACUGAGCCGUGUACGAUUUUAUCCAUGUGUCUGUUGUUAUUAUUAUUACUAUAUUCAAGAUAUUGCAGGUAAAUAGGAAACUCUAAAGUCACUAUUGUCACGAAUGGUCAUAUUUAUUUCGUAAUUACAGAUCAAAAAUAUUGAACAUUUUGCAUUGUUAGAAAAAGUCGUUUCUUUCAAUUGAUUGAUUAAUUUAUCUAUUUUCAAAUUUCAUAGUCAAGCAAAUUGGUAAGCAAUAUCAAUAAAAAUUUCAAAUAUUCUCUCUUUCAGGCCUGCACCUGCAGCACCACCAUGCACAACUCCGAACUACGUAAAAUUGAAUCCAAAUUUGGCCAUGCAUCGCUUCUUCACCUACCCCACGGAUUUUCACUGCCAAUACGCAACCGACGUGGUUCACAUACUAGCAGAAGAUGGCAUCUACUAUGUUAAUAUCGAAAGGAAAUCAUUCUCGUAUUUACGUUGCAAUUUUUGCGAGUUGACCAUCCGUCCCGAAAAAUUUGCUGACUUUUUCUCCAGCAGAAAUUAUUUAAUCGUUCGAAAUAUAAUUUACGAAAAUCACAGUGUCUUCGAUUGCAAAAUCAGCCACGCCGAUACUAAAAACGUGACCAUGAGAAAAAAUAGGAAGCACAAUUGUAAUUUAGAAUCCGACCGUCUUUUAUCGAUUAUUAAUAAAAUUGCAUGUUUGCCCGUUGAGCCUUUUAGUGCUGCAAGAAGUGGAUUCUACUCCCCUACUGCUCCUGGAGAGGACAGAACUGUGAUAUGUGCCUUUUGUCAACUUCGGUUACCUGGAGCACAGCUGCGGAAGCCUGACGAAGAGCACAAGCAGUGGAACCCGCUCUGCCCUUUGAUGUCUGGCGAUAAGAGCGUGGCCAACGUCGCAAUCCAGACCGAGACCACGGAGAAAAAAUGUAAAGCGAAAAUUCACAUUGGAGCCAGCCCUUUCAACUUGUUCGAGGAGCAAGAUUUACCCACCGAACCUUUGAACCCGAAAUACGCAACCUUGAACAGCCGCAUUAAUUCUUUUAAAGAUUUAUGGCCGAAAGGUCUAAGUCAAACGCCAGAAGAAUUGGCUCGCGCUGGUUUCUUUUAUCACGGAGUUGGCGAUCGAGUGAUUUGCUUCCAUUGUAAUUUGGGCUUGAAAGAUUGGGAUCCAAAAGACGACCCGUUCGAUCAACAUUGUAAAUGGAACUCUAACUGCCAAUAUCGGCAAAUGUGCAAUGGUCCAGGCUAUGUCUAAAAAGAUAAUAAUCAUGUAAAAUUUAGUUUUGAGUAGAGCAUAUUAGUUUGUGGUUCAUUUUACAAGCAUUUGAGAAUUGCUAGUUUUCAGUGCUUUUUGGAAGUAACCAUUUUUUAAAAUUUAA